AUGUCAUCUUGGGUAAAAGUAACCCGGGGUCAACCACAGAAGCCUGUUGUUAAUAAGAAGAAACCAAGCGGAAUUCCUCGCCUUCUGGACAUUAAUCCAUACAAGCCCAGCCAAAAAAUCUCAUUCUCUGAGUUGUAUCCCCGAGAUGUGGAAGAUCAGAGCAGCUUCGAAGAACUGUUUGGGAAAAAACAUAAUUAUACUGCUGGGCCCGAGGAAUACUGUGAGAGGUACCAGUACUCUCAAAACAGUACGCAAUAUGAUUCAGAUGAUCGCAGAGAGAAGCUCUAUUUAAAGUUCUACCAGCAAAUAGAAGAUGAAUACCACAAAGAAAGGCCAUCAGACUGCACUAUUGUGGCUAUCAGCAAGGAGCAAAUGGAGUACGCCACUGCCAUAGGCCAUCGAUUGCAGGAUCAUGGCCUAGUGGUGGAGAUGAUUUACUUGACAGCAGAAACUGGUCUUACACGCGCCCUCCAGGAGGUUAAAAAUGAUGGCUCCCCGUUUUGCAUACUAGUUGAACAAUCAAAUGUAGCACUCUCCUCUUGCACUGCAAUCAUUCUUCACGAGUCUAUCAAAAUACAUCGUAAUAUGCCCAUGGAGGAUGCCCUGGCUCUGGUAGUUAAGGCAUUCGGGAAAAUUUUUGGCGAGCGUGAACAACAAGAGCGUAAUGAAAUUUCACACAAAGCGGCUGAUCUGGCAGACGACUACCUGGAGAGGGAACUCUAUGAAUCUUACACUGUCCCUCUGGACAUUAGGCACCUUCUCUUCCUCUUAAGUGAUGGCAAAUAUUUAUAUGCCGAAGAGCUGAAAUCAGUCAGUGACUACCUGAAGACAAGGAUAACUGAGCUGGAAGGCUUUGAAGAAGCGGACACUACUGAACAGGCUAACCCUGCAUUUGAUAGUCAUAACAACAAUAAAAACACAUCUCUUGGAGAAGCCUCCUCCACUUCUUCCCACUCCUGCCAGGAAUUCCUUUGGAGGGCUAGCUAAGCCUUCCUUGCUAGGUGACAGACCAUCAACUGGUAUCAGUCUUCUUUCCAAUCAAGGUUUUAAGAAAGUUGAACUCAAAGAUGAUGCAGCUAAUGCCAUUUAUAAAGCUCUACCCAGCGUUUCAUCAGAUGCCCUGGCAAAGCCUCCACCACUACUUCCUACUCCUGUCCGGACCCCAUUAAUGGCUGUAGGGAAACCAUCUCUUCUAUCUGACCGAUCUUCAGCUGGACUUCUUCCUACACCAGGAUUAUCAACUCCAAAAGGCAAACCUCCACCACUUUUGGCAAUGCCAACAAAAAGACCUCCGCUGCUUGGCUUUCCACCGAUUUCUCCUGCAAAAAGACCACUUCUUGGUGAAAAACCUGGUCUUCUUCCUACUCCUGCUCUUUCUGCGAAUACCACUUCACACCUCUGGCCAGUAAAACCUAAACCUUUACUCCAGUAA